AUGGGCGUUGGAGCUCUAGGGGUCCGCGCAGGGGCAACGCCCCCCUUCCUCCCAGGGACUCUCUUUAGAGGCAGCAACGCCCACAGGGGCCCUCUCAGGGACGGAGGUGCCUCUAGAGACCCUUCCGGGGGCAGUGGCGCAACUGGGCCCUCUAAUGGGCGGGCCCUCCCAGGUGCUCUCUCAGGGGCGCUGUUACUCCCAGAGGACUUCCCAGGGGCGGUGGCGCUCCCAAGAGCCUGCCAGAGGCAAUGGUGCCCCCAGGGCCUCUCCUUAGGGGCACUGACGCGCUCAGGGGCCCUCCCAGAGUCGGUGGCGCCUCCAGGAGCCCUGCCAGGGCCGGUGGUACUCCCAGAGGACCUCCCAGGGGCGGUGGCGCCCCCAAGAGCUCGACAGGGGCAACGGCACCCCCGGGGCCUCUCCUUAGGGGCAGCAGUGCCCCCAGGGGCCCUCCCAGAGGAGGUGGUGCCUCCAAGAACUCUUCCAGAGACGGUGGUGGCCCCAGGGGUGAUGGCGGCCCCAGGGGCCCCGCCUAGGGGCAACAGCAACCCCAAUGGUACUCCCAUGGGAGGUGACGCUCCCAGGGGCGCUCCCAUGGGUGUUGGCGACCACAGUGGCGGUUAG